CAAGCGAACUAAUCUCGCGAGAUUUGAAUCCUCCCUGUGGGAAGAAGUAGGUACUUCGAUCGCCAGUUCCGUCCAGUCGUCUUUCACGGCCUCACUAAAAUGGCGUCGGCUCCGGCAGAUUACAGCAGCUACAAUCAGACCAGUGCUCAGCAGGGGUAUGCUUCAUACGCUGCCCAGCCCUCACAAAGCUAUGGGCAGUCUGCACAGCAGGGCUACAGUCAACAGAAUUAUGGAUCAUAUGCCGCACCUGCCGCUGCUGACGGCAGUUACACCCAGACAACGCCUGCAGCUGGAACCUAUCCCCAACAGCAACAGCAGUAUGGCUCUUCUUACGGCCAGCCGGCAUCAGCUGGCUAUCCUGCUGCCCAGUCUACCACUCAUAGCUACUCCCAGUCAGCUACGGGUUAUGGAGCCAGUGGUUAUGAAAGCACUCCUGCUGCUGCUGCUCCAGCUGCCUCACAGUCUUAUGGCUCUCAACCAGGGUACACUGCCCAGUCUGCCUACCCUGGUUAUGGCCAGCAGGCUGCUCCUACUGCCCCCCAAAGUUACAAUGCUAACAGCCAGCCGGCCAGUUACAACCAAAGUAGCUAUUCCCAGCCCGCAGCAUAUGGCCAGCAACAGGCUGGAUACCAGGCCCAGCAGACCAGCUAUGGCCAGCAGCAGGGCUACCAGCAGUCGACCCAGCAGCAGCAGCAACAGGCUCCCCCUGCUUACCCACCUCAGGCCUCUGGUUCCUAUGGGCAGCCUCAGUCCAGCCAGUACAGCCAGCAAGGUGGACCGCCCAGUUACAACCAGAACAACCAUUACAACAACUACAGACAGGAGGGCCAGGGUGGAGGUUCCGGAUACUCUGGUUCUGAUUCUUCAAGGUACUCUGGGUCUGGAGAAAGAGGGGGCAGAGACGGUUUUGAUCGCGGUGGAAUGAUGCAUCGCGGGCGUGGAGGCAUGGGCCGUGGAAUGGGCAGCGCUGGAGAGAGAGGUGGCUUCAGUAAGCCUGGUGGACCGAUGGGCGGGGAAGAGCGCGAAAUGGGACGCCCUGAAGAGCAGGAUGACUCCGAGAACAGCACAAUCUACAUCACAGGGUUGACUGAGAAAGCUAACCUGGAGGAGAUGGCUGAAUUCUUUAAACAUGUCGGCCCAAUCAGGAUUAACCGCAGACUGGGACAGCCUGCCAUUAACAUCUACACUGACAAGGACUCUGGAAAGCCUAAGGGAGAUGCCACGCUGUCCUACGAGGAGCCAGUCUGUGCCAAAGCAGCUGUGGAACAUUUUGAUGGCAAGGAGUAUCAGGGCAGAAGACUGAAGGUAUCCAUGGCCCGCCGCAAGCCCAUGAUGGGUGGAAUGAGGGGCAUGCCCAUGCGAGAUGGUAUGAUGGGACGUGGAGGAAUGAUGGGACGUGGUGGAGAACGUGGUGGGUUUGGCCCUCGUGGUGGUCCUCGUGGUAUGGGCAGAGGCGGACCUACAGGAGGUAACAUGCAGCAGAGAGCUGGUGACUGGGAGUGUCCUAACCCGGGUUGUGGCAACCAGAACUUUGCCUGGAGGAUGGAGUGUAACCAGUGCAAAGCCCCCAAACCUGAAGGGCUAGGAGGUGGCCCUCCUUUUCCCCCAGGUGGUGACAGAGGCAGAGGAGGAAUGGGAAUGCGUGGAGGCAGAGGAAUGGACCGCGGUGGGCCAGCAGGUGGUGGAGGCCCCGGUGGCCCUGGAGGUUUCCGUGGAUCCUGGGGAGGCGACCGUGGUGGAUUCAGAGGACGCGGUGGAAUGGAUAGGGGAGGUUUCCGUGGGGCUGGGCGUGGGGGGCCACCCAUGGACCGAAUGGGGGGCAGAGGUGGAAGAGGAAUGGGCCCACCAGGUGGCAAGAUGGAUAUGAGGGACCUUCGCCAGGAGCGCAGAGAGCGACCCUACUGAAGAACAACUCCUAAACUGUUCCUCUGUUGGAAUUUGUUUUUUAAGACAGGAAUUUUUAAUUUAUGAUUCCAUAAAUUGAUGGUUAUUGAACUGCUUUCAAACACCCUUUGCAGUUUCCUUUAACUCGUGUUUCCAUUUUUCUAUUUUAGUUUACCCGUGUUUAUGAUUCAUCUUGUACAUGUUUAUUGCUGUUUUUUUAUGUAUGCGGAUUAGUUUCUCCCUUUUUGUAUUGUAAUACAAAAUGUUUCAUUUGUUAGUAUAGUUGCCUCCCCUUUCCCUGACAACUGAUAGUUGUAUGGUGACAAACUUGGGAAAUAAAAUUUUACUCAUUUA